AUGAAGUCUGGAUCCUGGAAAAGCUCGUCAAAGCCCGAGCUUCAUCGGAACAGCUUGUCGUUGUCCAUUGCAGUGUCCAAUAACUCAAAGUGGAUUAUGGUGCUGAAUAAGUUCAAGGAUGAGGCACAUGAGAUUGAGACCGGAUUCAAAAUGGCCGGACUCAAGUACCUCAAAGAGUCCACCAAAGACAUUGUCAAUCAAAUCAAUGCAAUGUCAUUAUCAAUCAAAGAGAUGCAGGUUAGGGAGCACUCAUCCUCGUCCUCGUCCUCUUAUUCCUCUUCCCCGUCCAAUGACCCAAACAACAACAACAACAACAACAACAACAACAACAACAACAACAAUGACCAUGACCAUCAUGACAAUGGAUACGGUGAGCCAGAUGAAGCUAGCCCUAUAAUGGUCGCCUCUUAUGAGACUGUUGAGCGACUGAUCUACCUACUGCGUACCAAACCGGAUAUCAUCACAAAGUUGCUCCAGAAUGGAAAGUUAUUGGGCCGCCACAAUAGCCAGUCUAGUCUUGCACACUUCAUCACCGAAUGUCUGUUUGGUUCAUGUUUGACAGAGUGUGAUGAGCGUCUUUUGCUCAACCUCAUUGAUAAGGUGAUGGAAGCCGAGGCCUCUAGCUCAGAGCCCGAUAAGUUCAACGCCACAUACGAGCUGUUCUCUGGAUGCUUGCUUGCCGCCUACCUGUCCAAUGCCGCGGGCAAGUCAUUCAUCUCGGCGAUCAAACCAUUCAUCGCAUGCAUCACACAGAACCCAACCGCGUCCAUGGAGCCCAAUGACGACGCCAAUAGUAUUGUCUGUCGCCAGUCCAAGACCAUCAACAUGACUGAGAACCACAGCAAGAUCUUCCGCCAAGAGUACCUCAUGCGCUCCACAGCCACCCUGCUCAACGAGAUACUCAAUCGUUCGUACCUCAUCCCCUACGCUCUCAAAUGGUACGCCAAGAAGAUGUACAAUCUACAGAUGGCCAGCAACAGCCAGGUCGUGGGAGAGGCAUAUGUCGUCCCCUCAAUCAGCUCAGUCGUGUCCCAGGUGAUCUUCGCGGCCUACAUAUCCAACCAGCUUGUCAAGACCAACAAUGUCACGUUCAUGACCGGACAGUACAUCCGCCAGAUGUCCACGCGCAACAACCUUAAUGUGUUGGCACGCCAGCUCAACAACUAUGUCGAGUUCCCGGCCGACAUCCCCGACGCACUGGACAAGGAGUUCAACCUGCGCGCCAAACUCCAAGACCUGUUCGACGAGGUGGUCGAUGUGGUAGACAUCGACUCAUACUUCUCGGGCGCGAUGGAGUCUGACUCGCAGAGCGAAGCUCAGCUCAAGAUGCUCAUCUCGAACCGUGAGCUGCGCACACUCAUCAACGACCUGUUGUCACACGCUCACGACGACUUUGCUAGUCUGCAACUUCGCGAGAGAUUGGAGAAGAUUGAGAAGUUGCCAAUGAUGGCGCCCAAAGCCGUAGCACAAUUGAUCGAGGUCAACAUCACUCCCAAACCCAAGCUGACCAUGGCCUCGUACAAGAUUGAUGCGUCCGUCCAGGCCCAGGAGCCGCUGCCCGACGAGCUGAUCCACCCGCUCAAGGAGUGCAAGGAUACACUGAUCCGUCUGUUCACCGAGUUCAAUCGGACCGAGUGCAGCAUGUCGUCCACCGACCUCAAGGGUCUGCUACGCUCGCACUACUCUCGUAUGAAUAGUGACAACAGUAUUGUUAGCGCGUUGAUUGAGCAGGUGUUUGUAUACCUGGACCAGCUGCCCGAGGUCUAUGUCACCGACAACUACAGCCAUCUGGCCACGGUGAUGCUGGAGGACAUCAAGCAGAAGAAGCACGAGAUGAAGGCGUUGAUCAAGAGGAGUCGACGACAGCUGGGCACGCUCAAGGACCAUCUCAACCUGCUGGAGAGUCGACACCAGCGUCUCGUGGACAAUCACUCACUCAAUCAAUUCUACAAGACACGCAGUGUUGAGAUGGCCACACUCGGAGAGUUGAUGCGAUACCUCAAGGAGUUCACGGCACGACUAAAGUUAUGCGACUGCAACUUUAGCUUCCUUCUCGGAACGAGUGAUCCAUGUCAUCGAUGUACCAUCCUCAAGUCAUCAGUUGAAGGUGUUCUCCGCGUCAUCCAAGAGGAGCACAAGAAGAAGGAGGGAAGUGGCACGAUCCAACGAAGAGGUAGCAGUGAGCUAGGUUUCGCUAUGGUUAAGAAGGAUAUUAUGGUCAAGCUCCAUCCAUUCUUGUUCCAGAUUUCAAAUAUUAAUGUACAAUAUGAGAUGGCGUUGAAUAUGAGGAAGAGAAUACCUGGCUAUGAGGACAUAUUGCUAAAGGAGUUGGAGAUCAAGCCAAAGUAUAUUCCACAAGAUAGAUGGCAGAGGGCAGUUGAAGUUCUCCAGAAUAUCGCAAGAUAUACAGCACCGGAUGACAUGCUUCAAUGUAUACUUGAUACAUGGAAGGUGUUCUCGGAUAUCUACGCAUCAAAGUGUGGAGGAUUGGGCGCUGAUGACUACUUCCCAAUAAUGACCUAUAUUAUAUAUUCGGCCAAGGUCACCAAUAUAUUGUCCACGGUACAAUAUAUUAACUUGUAUGGAUCAAUUGAUUAUAAGUGUGAACAACAGUUUAUGUUGUUCCUUGGAUCACUAUAUGCAUUGGUGGACAUUGUUGGAAUCAAAUGGACACUGUCCAAGGCCAAUCUUAGGCGCACCACCACAACAUGGCGAUACUCAACUGAUCUGUCUCAAUGUUGA